CAGAGUGACUGGAAGUGUUGCGGGCGUGCUGCAUUGGAUCCAAGUCUUAUUCGAGUUUUUUGUCGUUGUUCUCUGAAUGGUACAUUGUGCAUGUGCUGAACGACUUUCAACCUCCCACAGAGCGUUAUUAAGUGUGCACCACGAAGGUUAUUCGUGAUUAUCCACCGGGUUCCAACCAAGUUUCUACUUACUAAACGAAUGGUACGAUGGCAUGUUGGGAAGUUCUUCUGUUUUGAUUGGUGGUUUGGUGCUGACAGACCAUGGCGCGCACUAUGUGGGCGGCGCUAAGGAUAGGAUUGUGCAGGGGACUUACGUCGAUAAAACCAAGCGUACCUGUACUCGCUACGAGAAACAUUGCAGUAUCGACCAGCUUCCGAAAGAGUAUCAUUCCUUUAGGAGGGAGAUACCGAAGUGUAACAAGACUUUACGGCACGUCGGAAAAGAUGCCAGAAAUGAAUACAGAUAACCUGGACGAAAAACAAGUCCAGCUCCUGGCAGAGAAGUGCAUCUUGAUCGAUGAGAAUGAUCGUGUGACGGGAGCUGACAGCAAAAAGAACUGUCAUCUGAAUUCCAACAUCGAGAAAGGACUGUUGCACCGUGCUUUCAGUGUGUUCUUAUUCAACAACGAAGAGAAGCUUCUACUACAACAAAGAUCUGAUGCCAAGAUUACUUUCCCAGAUUGCUUCACAAACACCUGCUGUAGCCAUCCACUUUACACCGACAGUGAGCUGGAGGAUCAGGAUGCCAUCGGGGUGAGGAGGGCAGCACAGCGACGCAUGAAAGCAGAGUUGGGCAUCCCCACAGAUCAGGUACCACCAGAGGAAAUGACUUACCUGACCCGGAUCCACUACAAGGCGGAGUCAGAUGGCAUGUGGGGUGAGCAUGAGAUCGACUACAUACUAUUCAUGCAGAAGGAUGUGGAGCUGGACCCGGAUCCCAAUGAGAUCAAGAGUUACUGCUACGUCACCAAAGAGGAGCUGAAGGACAUGCUGGAAAAAGCCAAGAGAAAAGAACUGGAGAUCACACCUUGGUUUAGCCUCAUCGCUGAAACCUUCCUCUUUAAAUGGUGGGACAACCUGCACAACCUUAAAGAGUUCAUGAACCAUGAGAAAAUACACCGCAUGUAAUCACUGAUUCCAUCAAAGGAAUUCUCACAUGAAAGCUGCUACAGGGAACUUUAGGGCACUUGUCUGUAGUCCGAAUGAUUUUAAUAGAUUUGUUGGUGGUGGCGUGGCAAAGGAGAGAGGACCUUAGAAGAACUAGUUCCUGAAGUGCCUAGCUACCCACUGAGAGAUUGUUUUAUGGCAGGAAGGUUUUAUGUUAAUAACUAUUUGUAUUAUGUAUAGUACACUGUACAAUAGUGUAAAUUAUUCUUUAAAUGUAGCUAAAUUAGCUAAUUGCCUUAGCAUUGUACUGAAUAAAACUUUUUGGAGAUUG